AUGACGUUAAUAGGCGAUUCAAAGGCCCUUAUAUUAGAUGAGCCAACCUCAGGACUAGAUCCUGAAGCACGUCGACAAGUUUGGGAUAUAUUACAGGCGGAGCGAGCUCACAGAACAAUCUUGAUUACGACACAUUACAUGGAUGAAGCUGACCAUCUAGGUGAUCGUAUCGCAAUCUUGGCUAGUGGUGAGCUCAAAUGUUUCGGAUCUCCAUUGUUUCUGAAGGCGAAGUAUGGUGCUGGUUAUUUAUUGUCUGUUAAUAAGGAAUCCACUUGUUCUUCUGACCAUGUAUUGAAACUAGUUCAACAGUAUAUUCCAAAUGCAUUGAUACGCAGUGAUUAUGGUGAAGAAAUUCGCAUACUGUUACCAUUAGAUUCAAUUGAUCAGUUUGCUAAAUUGUUUCAAAAUCUCGAAUUAAACAAGACCAGCCUAGGUAUUGUUAAUUUUGGUGUAUCUGUUACAACAAUGGAGGAAGUAUUCCACCAAGUUAGUGAGCAGACAAAAGCUACUCCACCUACGAGUGGUUAUGAUCACAAAACUCUCAAGACACCGACGUGUAAAAAGAAAUGCAGAGUCAGCAAAAUACAAAGUAUACAAGAUAAGAAUGAAACGGAAAUUACUCAGCCAUCAUUUGACUCUACAGAUUUACAUCAAGUACGGAAUCAUGGCUUUUCAUUUUAUCUCCAACAAACUUAUGCUUUGAUCAUAAAGCGUUAUAUAUUCACAAAACGUAAUCUCAUAUUUGUUUCCAGUCAGAUCGUGGUGCCCAUUGUGUUCGCUUUUAUUGCCCUAUUCCUAUUCCGUCGUCUACUGAGGAUACAGAGUGCACCGGAUCCACGCUUAGGCUUAUCUCUAGACCCUUAUGGAGAAGGUUUACUAGUCACGUAUAGUAAUGAGAUUCAGAGUAUCGAGAAACGUCGAAUUGCUGAUCAGUUUAUUCAGUCCUAUGUGAAACAGUUUGGUGAUAAGAGAGUUACAUCAAUCGAGUUCAAUACAACAAAUGGAGGUUAUGAGGAUAAUUUAUUGAAAGAAAUAGCAAUACCUAAUUUGUUUAACUAUCGUUUGAAAUCAAUUAUUGGACUGGUAGCUGAUACUAAAUCAAGCCUACAAGACAAAAUGAUCUCUCUACGGGCCUACUUUCAAGGUGAAUCAUUUCAUGCUGCACCGAUUUCUCUAAAUGCCGUUAUGAAUGGAUUUCUACGUUAUCUAUCCACAAAUGACCAGACUAUAUGCCCUGGCUUAGCUGCGAGUGAUACUCCACCACAAAUUCAUGUUGCUAAUCAACCACUGCCUAAAACCAAAGAGGAAAGUGCCAGACAAAUCGAUCAUAUCAGAGGUCUUAUACUUGUAGCACUUGCAGGUUUUCCAUUGGCAUCAAAUAUGCUGUUAUCUGUUUCAUAUUUAGCCUCAAGUUUUGGCUUUUUCCCAAUCUAUGAAACUGUAACUAAGGCGAAGCAUUUACAAUUUGUCUGUGGAGUGAAAUUAGUACCGUAUUGGAUAUCUAUCUAUGUGUGGGAUAUAUGCCUAUUUUCCCUGUCUGUCACUGGCAUUCUACUUUGCUUUGUGGCAUUCGAUUUGGAGCAAUUCGCUGUCGGUGAAAGAUUUCACAACCUAGUUGUACUGUUCGGUUUAUUUAUGUGGGCUGCAUUACCGCAAAUGUAUCUACUUUCUCGGCUAUUUCGAUCACCUACAUCUGGUCUGGUGUGGCUCACAGCUAUCAAUGUGUUCACGGCAUCUAUUGGAUUAAUACUUGUGGGUUUACUGUCGACUCCUGCGAUACACCAACAAGCAUUAGGAAUAAACCUAAUGUAUUUUUGGAUUGCCAUCUCUCCAUCAUUUUGUUUAGCUCAUGGUAUAUUCGCAUUAUUUAUCAAUUAUCAAUUCCGUCAAAUAUGUGACUCGAUAUUUGUACAGGUUCUGUGUCAUUUUGAACCGGCAAAUUCCUGUUGUUUAAAAACUUGUGAUCCAUUUUGUGCAUAUUGGACUAAAAACGAAAUGUCUUAUGAAGUUGGUGGUAUCGGAGUUCAUCUUACUGCUCUGGCUGCACAUGGUUUAGUGUAUAUUACCCUUGUACUGGUCAUAGAUUCUUCUAUAGGAAGAUACUUGAAAACUUCUCUUGUUGCACUGUCACGUGUAACUGUACAUUUCUUUAGUUUAAAUUAUGCAGUGAAUAAACAAUAUGUAUACCUCUACAAUAAAAAUGAUUAUCUGAUAUUAUUUUCCUUGUAUUUAGUGAUAUUUAUUCCAGAAGAGGAAGCGUAUGUAGAUUUAGUCGCCCAGUUUGCGAUUGACAGGUACAAUGUGUUGCAAAACAACAAAUCGAGUCGAUUUGUAACGGCUGAUUUUUAUAAAAUUAACAAAAGUAAUCCUCGUUCAUGGGGUAACAUAUUCAAGACUAUUUGCUUAAAAAUACAAGAUGAUUCAGCAAAGUACCCCGAUGUUCUUAUCGACUUGACACUACCAUCGGAAUCCAGCUGUGUGAUUCAAAAACUGGCUCAUCAACUUGACGCUGGGGUUAUCUCACUCCAUCAUUUCAGUUGCCCACCAAUAAUCUUGGAUCUGUCCCUUCCAAAUGGAUCACAUGUUAUCAGAGAGUUGAAUUUACCUUCAGUUAAAUUUCAACCAAAUGCAUUGUCUUCUGCACUGUCUGCAUUCGGAAAUUUGAUUGCCGGUCCACUUAGAACGGAGACCAUUGUUAAAACGAAUGAUGCUACCGGCUCACAAAUCAUGUUUUCAGAUUAUCUUGAAUAUCCAUCUGUUGGACGAUUUUAUGUUACAGUAUUGGAAGGCAUAAAUCAGUCACAAAUACAGAGAUUACUAGAAGAUGUAAAAGAUGUGGCAUUGAAUAAGUUAUGGAUAUUGCUUGUGGAUGGAAGGACUGCACGAAAUAUGAUCAGCAUUGCAGCUAAACUUCAUGAAAAUGAUUCCCAACAUUGGCUGUUUUAUGAACAACAUACUAACUGUUCAUUCAUCUGUCAUACAAAUCCAAUAACUAAUGUAACAGACUGUUUGGCGAAUGCUAACACAAGUAAAGUGUAUUGUAUGAAGGCCAGUUUAGAUGGUGCAAAUCAAAACGAGGUAAAUAUGAUAAAAAGCCUUUAUGGAAACAGAUGGAAUAAUGAAACUUUUAAACAGUUUGACGUAUUGAGUUCAUAUGAAACUAUCAUAUCAGGAAUGAUGGCGCUUGAUUCAUUAUUAAUCAAUAAUCGGUGGCCAGAAAGUUUAAAAUCAUCAAAUUCAUCUUUGAAAAUUUGUAAUCUGCCUAGACAGACUAUAAAUUCAUCUACAAGAUUCUAUCUUUUUGCAGAAGCUGUGACUAUGCUUCCUAAAAGAAAUGGUACUACCGGACUGAUUGAUUUCAAUAAAACGGUAACUAAUCAGCAUGUCACUUUUCAGUUGGAAGAAUGUUUUGGUAAAUCUAGUUUAUCAGAAGCUCAUUGUCAUGAACUAAAUUAUAGCUUCAUAUAUCCCGAAAGUUUAUUAUAA